AAUCUGGACUUUUUGAAGAUAUUGUUGGACAUGAUGCCGGAUGUUUUCGUCCCCGGACUGAAGCAAGGAUUCGCACUUAUCUCUGAUGUCCCCAAGCGAGUCUUUUAUCCGCCAACCUAUAGCCCAGCUAGUGGAAACCCAGUAAGCAAUCAGGGGGCACUAGCGUAUCGAAAUGAAUCCACUUCCAUCUUCGUCAAUAGCGUCUCCGAUGGCGGGGUGGUCUACACAACUCUAAGAUCCUAUCUUGGAGAAGAACAAGGACACGGCUUACGCAUAACUUUGGAGAAGAUGGGAAUAAAUGGGUUGAGCUACGCCUGGCCCAGAUUGGUUGACAUACCGUCGACAAAGUGUCUGGAUUUGACGCUAAGUUUCCAUCCCUGGAUACUAUUCAGUCGAGAGUUGAAGAUUGAAGAGAUUACUGACAUUGGACUGCCAAACCGCCUUGACAUCCAGAUCCUCGAUGAGCUC